AUGACCAAAGUACAAGAAUUGGACCAGAAACGCAUUGUUGGUGUUGUUUUCAAGGCACUGUUGAUUGACUUGUUUUCAUUCACCAUCAUUCUCCCAUUGUUUCCUCGACUCUUGAACUACUAUCAAAGUGCAGAGGUCGGUCAUCAAGAAACCAUCCUAGGCUACGCGCUUGCAGUUUUGGAGCAAUUUAAGCAUUUGAUUAUGACCAACCCACAUGCCUCUGUCAAGACGGGCUAUGCAGAUAAAUGGGAUACAGUGUUACUGGGUGGAUUGAUUGGAUCUUUAUUCUCAUUGCUGCAGUUCUUUGUAUCUCCAAAGAUUGGACGCGCUAGCGAUAGAUUGGGACGCAGAACAGUGCUGUUGUAUACUAUGGUGGGCAAUAUUUUAUCCACACUGGUUUGGCUGUUUGCUCGCUCAUUCAGCUUGUUUUUGGUGGCUCGUAUCAUUGCUGGCUUGAGUGAGGGCAACGUGCAAUUGAGUAUUGCCAUCAUUUCUGAUGUUACUACACCUGAAAAGAGAUCGCGAAGUCUGGCGCUUGUUGGCAUUGCAUUUGCCAUUGCAUUCACAGUUGGCCCUGCUAUCGGUGCUUGGUUUGCUUCUAUUGACUUGAGUGAAUUGUGUCCUUCACUUGUAAAGUUUGGCAUUUAUCCCUAUUCCAUGGCCGCAUUUGUUGGUCUGGUCUUAUUGGUGGUUGAAACUGCCUAUUUGUAUGUAGCUCUACCUGAAACCAUUCAUUUCCGUCAUCAAGUUGAACAAGCAGCAGCAGCAGCAGCAACCAGCAAAGAUGCCUCCACAUCAACAGCAGCAACUCCAGCAGGAGAACCUGUUACAUUGCAAAUAAUUCAGACUCGCUUAUUGAACUUGCAAUAUCUCAAGCAAAUCAUGUGUGCAUUUUCAUUCUUGUUCUCUGGCAUGGAGUUCACAUUGGUCUUUUUGACAUUUGAUGUCUUGGAUUACACUCAUAUGCAACAAGGCAAACUCUUGGGUUUCAUGGGUAUCGUAUCAGCUUUGAUCCAAGGCGGCUAUGUUAGACGUCGUGUACAGAAAAUGGGUGAAAAGAUGUUGGUAUUGCAAGGCAUGGUGAGCUGUGUUAUUGGUCUUUACAGUUUGGCUCGCUGCGUCAAGGCGGAGAACCCUGUAGCAUGGUUGUAUGCGGGUGUCACAUGUUUAGCCUUUACCUCGGGUACUGUAGUCAAUUGUCUCACCAGUCUGGCUAGUCUGCAAUGCCAUGACAGAGCCAGCGAUGACGCCUUGAGCAAAGGUCGUGCAUUGGGUGAGUUCCGUAGCUUUGGUCAAUUAGGCCGUGCUUUAGGUCCUAUCAGUGCUUGUGGACUGUAUUGGAUCUUUGGUCCUGGUGCAUGCUAUGCUCUUGGUGCUCUCAUGAUGGUUGGAUUGACAUGGAUUACUGUCAUGAACGCGCCCGCUGGCAAGAAGGUUGAUGCUAAAAAGCCAACUGUGGUUAAAAAAUCCAAGAAAGCCGAAUAG